AUGCGUUUUCUUCCAACACUCGUCCGCAACCUCUACGCCUUUUCGAACGCCACCUUCCGAGUAGCACCUCCACCACUCAGACCAGCUCUCCGACCUACCGCAAAACUGGGUCUUCCUAGCAUUCCUUUCCUCGGAGCUUUCUUUGGAACCUCUUCAUCCUCGAACAACAUGACCUACCCAUUGCAGAAGGGCAAGGAGGAGUGGCAGGCCCAGCUUAGUCCUGUUCCGCAUCCUCCGCGAGAAGGGCACCGAGCCAACCACAAGUUCAAGUCUGGCUGCGGCUGGCCUGCUUUCUUCGACGCCGUUCCUGGUGCUGUGACCAGACACACCGACCGCACCUUUGGCAUGGAGCGUACCGAGAUUGUCUGCUCCAACUGUGGCGGUCAUCUCGGUCACGUCUUCAAGGGCGAGGGAUACGCUACUCCUACCGACGAGCGUCAUUGUGUUUCGCUCUCCUUUAACAAGAAUGACCCCGUGAAGGACUCGAAGGCUUAA